ACAAGUGCGACAUCAUCAUCGCAGUACGUUUGAUUCCUAUGGUUAUUCAACUCGUUUUGAAUUAUCUUCAGCUUUCGCGUUUCAUUAUCACCUAGCCCAGCAUGAUUAUCACCAAACAAAACAGGCGCACCAUCUACGAGAACCUCUUCAAGGAGGGUGUCCUGGUCGCCAAGAAAGACUACAAUGCACCGAAGCAUGAAGAGCUCGAUGUCCCUAACCUCCAGGUUAUCAAGGCCAUGCAGAGCCUGACCUCCCGGGGCCUCGUUAAGACCCAAUUCUCGUGGCAGUGGCUACACCUCCCCAACGAGAUCGUUCCUUCCACUCACAAGCGCGCCGCUCGUGCCCCACGCCCAGCGACUGUGCGCCCCGGCGGUGGCGAGGGUGCCUACCGCGCACCUCGCGGCGACCGCGAUGAUUACCGGAAGAAGGAGGGCGGCGCACCUGGCGAUUACAGGCCAUCAUUUGCUGGUGUUGGCCGGGGUGCACCCAGAGAGUAGGCGGCUGGUUGAUUGUGAGGCGUAAAGUUCGGUCGGAGUGCUAGAACUUGCAUCCCUCAGUGAUCGCAAAAUUUUCGUAUGAACAUGUUGCAUGCAUGACUAUACUAUGCUUUCCUUCGCGUUCCUUCUCAUGUGUCCUCAGGAACCUAUCUCGCUACCAUUCUCCAAAUAACUCCACGACGUUGCGAAUGUCUAGAGCUAUUUCCUUAUCCGUCAUUACGCUCUCUCGAAAGUCGACUAUUUGCUUCGAAGAGGAACUGUCGGUCUGCCGUUGGUCAAAUAUUACUGCUUACUGUCUUGAAAACGCACCUUGUCUUGCUGCAAGCUUUGGACCCACUCACAAAUACCUGAGACUGCAUCGACACCAACUUGUCUAGGAUCCCUGAAACUCCCGAGUCCUCUAGGACAUCUUCUUCAAACUGAACAUUCCC